GGGGUUCUAUAAAUACCAUCCUUCCUGUCAGUUGUGGACACAUUCCUGCCUAGCUAAUUUUAGUUUCAGCCAAACUACAUAUUCAUACCUAGCUCAACUGAAAUUAAACUUUCCAUGGCAUACCAGAGCGCCUACAAUAUGAAUUACCAGAUACUACUAUGCUUGAUACUCUUCUCCCUAGGCUUUCUCCUACCACUGCCAUCCCAUUCUGCUGAUCCAAGCCCGUUGCAAGAUUUCUGCGUUGCAGAUCUUGAUUCCUCUUUAUACAUUAAUGGCUUUCCGUGCAAAAACCCUGAUAAUGUAUCUUCACAAGACUUCUUCGCCAAUGGGUUCCAACAAAGUCCAGGAGAAUUCAAUAUUUUUGACGUCAAUGUCACUCGUCAAGAUGUUCGUCGAUUUCCAGGACUCAACACUCAAGGGCUGUCAAUGAACCGAGUGGUUUUGAAGCCCGGAGGGCUGAAUGCACCCCAUUCCCACCCUCGUGCAUCCGAGCUGGCUCUAGUCAUGGAUGGAAAACUGCUUGUAGGCUUGGUGACAACCGGAAACGUUUUAUACUGGAAAAUUUUGACUUCAGGAGAGUUGUUUGUGAUUCCUCCUGGGCUACUGCACUUCCAACUUAAUAUUGGACAUGAGAACGCGCGCUUCUUCGCCUCGUUCAACAGUCAAAAUCCAGGGAUUCAGUUCGUCCCCCUUGCUCUUUUUAACUCCACGCCUUCGAUUCCUGAUCUCGUGUUGAGUACAACAUUUCAAGUAAAUCAAAGUAUCAUUGAGCUCAUUAAGUCUAGGUUUGCAACUGUGUCAACUGUGCUUAAGUCAUCUUAUUAACACCCUAUCCCAGGUGUUCUUCAUUAUUGUUGUCAUAUUAAAUCAAGGCCAAAAAAUAAAAAUUUCUAUACUAUCGUUUAGUAGUAUUUUGGUCAAGAAGUUUUAAGUAGCUCUUUUGGAGCAAGUUAGGGUAUUGUUACUGUCUACCAGCUAGUAUUGUAUUAAAUAAUUUCUUAUGGUUGUCAAUAGUCAUAUUAUUG